AGUGGAGCAGUGUUUCCUCUUUAUGUUGAGUCACUGGGGGAGUGAGAGAGGAGAAAGAAGAGGAGGAGGAGGAGAGAGAGAUAGAGAGGUUGGUCUCCCAUUUAAACAAAACAACAGCAGAUCUGCGGGCAUAAACAAAUGCACGCAGUCUCUGUCCCUCCACCUGCCGCGUGAGACACACUGAUGGUCGCAGUAACGUUAGGUUAAAUUAACCGGAUUACCGAGACGGACGCGAACUCCGCUCUGCUUCACUGUAACGCGAACUUGCGACGAUAUCUAUGCAUUAUUUAGACUGAAAUAAGCUAAACAAAAAUGACGGAGCUGAGACGGCGAGGAGGAGGAGAUCCUGACAGCACUGAAAACAUCAGUGACAAGGAGGCAGAUGGAGACGACAGGCUUGCUUUCCCCGGUGAAGGGGAAGGAGAAAUGGAGGGCGACUCCAAAGCAGACACACCAGACGUGCCACCUUCCACAGAUAACACUCCACAGUGUCUCAACAAAGCCCUGGAGGGCUUGUCAUCUAGGUGGAAGAACUGGUGGAUAAGAGGCAUAUUGUCAUUGACAAUGAUCGUUGGCUUCUUCCUCAUCAUCUAUUUGGGACCCAUUAUGCUUAUAUUAGUGGUUAUGGGUGUUCAAAUCAAGUGUUUUCAUGAAAUUAUAACCAUUGGCUACAGAGUUUACCAUUCCUAUGAUCUGCCGUGGUUUAGGACUCUUAGCUGGUACUUCUUGAUUUGUGUGAACUACUUCUUUUAUGGAGAGACAGUGGCUGAUUAUUUCGGUGCACUCGUCCGAAGGGAGGAACCUCUGCAGUUUCUUGUGCGUUAUCAUCGGUUUAUUUCUUUUGCACUGUAUUUGGCAGGUUUCUGCAUGUUUGUACUGAGUUUAGUGAAGAAACAUUACCGCCUGCAGUUUUAUAUGUUUGCUUGGACCCAUGUGACCUUGUUGAUUGUGGUGACUCAGUCUCAUCUGGUUAUUCAGAACCUGUUUGAAGGAAUGAUCUGGUUCAUUGUUCCCAUCUCGAUUGUAAUCUGUAAUGACAUCAUGGCCUACCUGUUUGGCUUCUUUUUUGGAAGAACUCCACUGAUUAAGCUCUCCCCAAAAAAGACCUGGGAAGGAUUCAUCGGGGGAUUCUUUGCAACAGUGGUCUUCAGUUUCUUUUUUGCGUACCUGCUAUCCAAGUACCAGUACUUUGUUUGUCCAGUGGAAUACAACAGUGAGACGAACCGUUUUGCGGUGGAGUGUGAGCCCUCAAAUCUCUUCAUGAUACAGGAAUACAGACUUCCUGCAGUGGUGCAGAAUACAGUUAGAUGGAAAACGGUGAACCUUUACCCAUUUCAGAUCCACAGUAUUGCGCUCUCUACGUUCGCCUCUCUGAUCGGACCGUUUGGUGGAUUCUUUGCCAGCGGCUUCAAACGAGCUUUCAAGAUCAAAGACUUUGCGGACACCAUUCCUGGUCAUGGGGGUAUAAUGGAUCGUUUUGACUGUCAGUAUCUGAUGGCAACGUUCGUUCAUGUUUACAUCACAAGUUUUAUCAGGGGACCGAACCCCAGUAAGGUUUUACAGCAGUUGCUUGUUCUGCAACCCGAGCAGCAACUCGGCAUCUUCAAUACACUGCGCAACCACUUACGAGAAAAGGGCCUGCUGCCCCCUGCUGUGGAGGAAGCCCAAUGACGGACGUAAAACCAGCUCAUGUCCUGUUGAACUCUAUAAGCAUUCACCCAUGACUGUGACUGUGAUACGAGCACGCUCCUGUUCAGUGAGAGAGAGUGACGCCUGCUGCAAACCAAACUCUCACUUUUAACCCAUUAGAAACUCACCAAAUGAAGGAGGAAAAUGACUGCAAAAAUCUCUUAAUCAGAGCCACUGUCUGGGAAAUCAACAUCGAAGGUCUUCCAAGCAACAAAAAUACAAAAACAAAAGAUCCAAGCACAUGGUAAGUGAAUGUAUAGCACUUUAGGAAGGAGGCUUCGUCAUUGCACUUGAUUUGCUUUGCGAACGCAAUAACUCAUGGUUUUUGAGAUGCCAUAAUUCUCACGUUUAACAUUUUAAUGUGAGCUUAAUUUAUAACGGGGGUCCUGAACUCAAAGCAUUACGAAACAAUGAGUCUAAAACAGAAGCAUGUCUGUAAGUCCUACUGUUACUGCUUAAAUAGCCAUGUUCUCUUUCCCUUUCACAUUACUCAGUGUGUUAGUGUGAGUGCUAGAAUAACUCACUUGUGUGUACAUAUCAUCAUAUGCAUUGUUGUACAUAGAUAUUAUACACUAGAUCAUAUAUAUAGAUUAUACAUUUAUUUAAAUAAUCUAUAUGGUUUGACAAAUUCUAUAUAAUAGGAAGUUACGAUAAUGAUAUGCAAAAAGACUUGUCUUAUUUUCUUAAAUCCAGCAUGACUCAACCUCUCUAGGUUGUGGACAAUAACUUGAGCGGGUUGUUUUUGGGGAGAGAAGGGGAUUUGCCGUGUUCCCCUCCGUGACCAUUUGCUGUAACUACACGAGGCGAAAGAUUCAAUAAGCUUUUGAGGUUUUCAUAUCAAAAAACACUGGUGCUUUGAGGAGAUAAUUGAAAAUCUGUACAAAUGUUCUUAGAUUUACACAGUUUAUGUGCUUUUAAUAUUUUUUUUUGGUUUGUUUAUAGUAUCAAACUUGCAAUGUUGUUUUUUAGCUGCAUUUUAAUUUGUCGAAAUCUUUCUGAAUUCUUUACCAAACAAGUGUAAAGAAAGAAAGUGUACCAAAGCACUGGCAAUUUUGCUGUAAAAAAAACAAAAAAAACAAAUGUUAAACCACGAUUAAUAUUGUCAAAUGCUACAAUCUUACAGUAGAGAAGAAUAAAAUCCUAUGAGAUUGAAUCAUUUCAAUUAUUGUAAUCAAAGGCACUUACAUGAGCAAAAGUAACAUCACUACAGGUUACCAUCAUACAUUUUUUAGGCUUUUUGUUAAAGGAGGUGGAUUUGUAAUGACCUGUGUCCUUUGCCCUAACUGCACAUUUGGACUCAGUAGAGUAGUUUGGGACCAGUUGUCAAUAGUUGUAUUGUAAAACCUAAACAAAAAAUGCAGUGUGACCCCUGUACCUUAAUCAUUCAUGUCUGCAGUAGGUUUACAUGUUCCUUUCCUUCACAUCUGCUGUCCGGUAGUGAAUGUGGUGUUUGUAAUAUGAACUACAUCAGACCAAAAAGAGAAUGCACCUCCAGCUGUCUACAGCUGAUUUUGUGGAUGUCACAAUUAAUUUUUUUGGAGAGCUGCUGUACAACCCAGCAUAUAAUAUUGUGCAAGCUUAUACUGUUCAGAAAUUUGAUUGAAAAUGGGUUUCAAAUUUGUUUUAAAAAGUGGGAACCUUUAUUUAUGUCUCCGUUUGAUUUUCUGAUUUUGUAAAUGAGUUUUCAGUAGUAAAUAUUUACCAGAAGACAAAAAAAAUUAAUGUUAUGGGCAAUACUGAGGAAAAAAAAUUACAAAUAAUUAUUAUUAUUUUUAUUAUUGCAAUGCUACACUUGGUGAAUAAACUUCACGUUUGACUUA